AUGCUCAGGGACAAGUCGGUGUUCGUUGACGGCGGAGUGCAGCUGUUUCGCAACGAAGAAGAAACAUGGCUCGGGUUUAGCAAAUACAUAUUCGAAAUUGACAUGAGCGACUCGUGGGACGCGACCACCAACUUUACAGAAAAAAGAAUCGGAAGGUUCGGAGACCGUUCCAUGGGCUCCAAUCCUCCGAACAUGGUUCGAGGGGCUCUGUGGCGAGGACUUGCCAACGAUUCGAGGCUCUACACCUUCGCCGGAUCCACAUUCUUGGCCAACCAAAGCGACCCAGACUGGCGACCGCCUAGCUUUGACGACUACUCCUUGUGGUCGUACGAUACCUCACUGAUGACAUGGGGCCAAUACGACGUAUCUUAUGCCAUCCCUCGACGUCCGAACUGGGGCGCAUGGACUGAAGCAAUUCCGAUUGGCCUUGGAUUCUUCUUGAAUGGACAGGUUGAUCGAGGCUCUUCGUAUGUGCUGUACACCACGUCGGAGUACGUGGGCGGUACGCUAUCCAACGCUACGGACAAUCAAAUCACCUACCUAGGUGGAAUGGCCAUCGUAGACCUGGUGACACAAACCGCGAGGAACGUGUCGACAGAGUCCCUGGGCGCUCCCCGUGUAGCCGGCGGGUUGAUCCACAGCCCAAGAUUCGGCAAGACGAAGAACGGUACUUUGAUAGCCCUUGGCGGCAUGCGGAGCGCGGAUGAAAGAAACAACACGUUCACAAAUGGCAUUCUGAUUGACUUCAGCAGCGUCUCCUUAUGCGACACGUUCAGCGAGGACAAUGUGACCUGGGUCAACCAGUCAACCACAGGCGAGACGCCUCCUCCCCGCAUCGAUUUCUGCGUUCUACCAGGCACAAAGUCUUCAAAAGACAACUCGAGCCACAACUUCUAUAUCUACGGGGGCUACGAUCCAAUACAAUCGAUCAUGUAUGACGACGUCUAUGUACUGUCCCUUCCAUCCUUCACCUGGACAAAGGUCUACGAAGGGCCGAGUCCCCGGUUCGGACACACAUGCCACACAGCCGGCAAACGCCAGAUGAUGGCCGUGGGAGGGUCGCUCGACGCCAGCAUGUACGGCGUAGAAACGACCGGCCAAUUACCCAAUCUCACCACCUUGCAAUGCGACCGGAGGGCAGGUGUGGCGCUAUUCGAUCUGACUGCGCUGACGUGGGGCUCGUUCUUCGAUGCCUACGCCCCAGCGUACCAGGUCCCGCGGAAGGUAGUGAAGGUGAUUGGUGGAUCGGGAGACGGCAAGGCGACCAUGACGAAGCCGCUCGGGGGCUUUGCCCAUCCUGCCAUCUCGACAAUGUUCAAUCCUCCACCGACCGAGAGUCCUGCGGCCAAGAAUUUGACGAGUGAUCCUUCAACGGUUCCCCCAAGCUCCGAGCCCCACCGCGACAGCAACACCGCUGAGAUUGUCGGUGGCGUGGUCGGAGGCGUGGUGGGCUUGGCCAUCAUUGGCGGCCUAAUCGUCUGGAUCAUGCGCUCGAAAUCAAGGAAACACCGCCGCCAGCGUUCGUCUGCUCAAGAGCUAGCUGGUGAAUCUGCAUGUAGGGGGCUGGCUGCAAAACCUCCGUGUGAAGAAUUGCCCGGAGACAUGUCGCAGUUAAAGGCGGACGCUGAACUGGAAACCCCUGUGACGAAGUAUGUUAAGGAGCCGAUGAGAGAUCCUGUCGAGCUUCCUGCCGGGGAUUGA